CCCGCUCGCCCGGACCCGACCCGCCCCGCACGGGACCCGCUCCGGCCCCGGCCGGCCGCCGCCUCUUCCUUCCCCAGCCCGCAGGCCCUCGCCUCCCGGGAGGGGAGCCCACAGGCGCAAGGAGGCCGAGCGCGGACUCGCCACCAGGCUCCAGAAUGGCAGAAGACGAUUCAUAUUUGGGAGCACAUGAACAAAUGUUUCAUUUGGAUCCUUUGACUCAUACAAUAUUUAAUCCAGAAAUAUUUCAACCAGAGAUGCCCCUACCUACAGCAGAUGGUCCAUACCUUCAAAUAUUAGAGCAACCUAAACAGAGAGGAUUUCGUUUCCGUUAUGUGUGUGAAGGCCCAUCCCAUGGUGGACUCCCUGGUGCGUCUAGUGAAAAGAACAAGAAGUCCUACCCUCAGGUCAAAAUCUGCAACUAUGUGGGACCUGCAAAGGUUAUUGUUCAGUUGGUCACAAAUGGAAAAAACAUCCACCUGCAUGCACACAGCCUGGUGGGAAAACACUGUGAGGAUGGGAUCUGCACUGUAACCGCCGGACCCAAGGACAUGGUGGUCGGCUUUGCAAACUUAGGUAUACUUCACGUGACAAAGAAAAAAGUAUUUGAAACACUGGAAGCACGAAUGACAGAGGCAUGUACAAAGGGCUACAAUCCCGGACUUCUGGUACAUCCUGAUCUUGCCUAUUUGCAAGCAGAAGGCGGAGGAGACCGGCAGCUCACAGAUCGGGAAAAGGAAAUCAUCCGCCAGGCAGCUCUUCAGCAGACAAAGGAGAUGGACCUCAGCGUGGUGCGGCUCAUGUUUACAGCUUUUCUCCCAGAUAGCACCGGCAGCUUCACAAGGCGCCUGGAACCCGUGGUAUCAGAUGCCAUCUAUGACAGCAAAGCCCCCAAUGCGUCCAACUUGAAAAUUGUAAGAAUGGACAGGACAGCUGGAUGUGUAACUGGAGGGGAAGAGAUUUACCUUCUCUGUGACAAGGUUCAGAAAGAUGACAUCCAAAUUCGAUUUUAUGAAGAGGAGGAAAAUGGUGGAAUCUGGGAAGGAUUUGGAGAUUUUUCUCCCACAGAUGUUCAUAGACAAUUUGCCAUCGUCUUCAAAACGCCAAAGUAUAAAGAUGUCAACAUCACAAAACCGGCUUCCGUGUUUGUCCAACUUCGGAGGAAAUCUGAUUUGGAAACUAGCGAACCCAAACCUUUUCUCUACUACCCUGAAAUCAAAGAUAAAGAGGAAGUGCAGAGGAAACGGCAGAAGCUCAUGCCUAAUUUCUCUGAUAGUUUCGGCGGCGGUAGUGGUGCUGGAGCUGGAGGUGGAGGCAUGUUUGGCAGUGGCGGUGGAGGAGGGGGUGCCGGAGGUACGGGUCCAGGGUAUGGCUUCCCCCACUAUGGAUUCCCUACAUACGGUGGAAUUACCUUCCAUCCUGGAACCACUAAAUCUAAUGCCGGGAUGAAACAUGGAACCAUAGACUCCCCAUCUAAAAAUGACCCUGAGGGUUGCAGCAAGAGUGUGGACAGAGACGCAGUGAACCUCUCUGGGAAAGUAACUGAACCCACAGAACAAGAUAAGGAGUCUGGCACUGGAGAAGAUGAAGUUACCCUGACGUAUACAGUAGGAGUAAAGGAAGAGAAUUCUAGGUUUCAGGAUAACCUCUUCUUAGAGAAGGCUAUGCAGCUGGCCAAGCGGCAUGCCAAUGCCCUUUUUGACUACGCAGUGACAGGAGAUGUGAAGAUGCUGCUGGCUGUUCAGCGCCAUCUCACUGCAGUGCAGGAUGAGAAUGGGGACAGUGUCUUACACUUAGCAAUCAUCCAUCUUCAUGCCCAGCUUGUGAGGGAUCUACUAGAAGUCACGUCUGGCUUGAUUUCUGAUGACAUUAUCAAUAUGAGAAAUGAUCUCUACCAGACACCCUUGCACUUGGCCGUGAUCACCAAGCAGGAGGCUGUGGUGGAGGACUUGCUGAAGGCCGGGGCUGACCUGAGCCUCCUGGACCGCUUGGGUAACUCCGUUUUGCACCUAGCUGCCAAAGAAGGACAAGAUAAAAUUCUCAGUGUUUUACUCAAGCACAAAAAGGCAGCACUACUUAUCGACCACCCUAAUGGGGAAGGUCUAACCGCCAUUCACAUAGCCGUGAUGAGCAACAGUAUGGCGUGCCUGUUGCUGCUGGUGGCCGCCGGGGCCGACGUCAACGCCCAGGAGAGGAAGUCGGGGCGCUCGGCACUGCACCUGGCUGUGGAGCGUGACAACAUCUCCCUUGCUGGCUGUCUGCUCCUGGAGGGUGAUGCCUAUGUAGACAGUACCACAUAUGAUGGAACCACACCCCUGCAUAUAGCAGCCGGGAGAGGGUCCACCAGGCUGGCGGCUCUUCUCAAAGCAGCAGGCGCAGAUCCCCUCGUGGAGAACUUUGAGCCUCUCUAUGACCUGGAUGACUCUUGGGAAAAAGAUGGAGAGGAUGAAGGAGUCGUGCCUGGAACCACACCUCUAGAUAUGGCCACCAACUGGCAGGUGUUCGAUAUAUUAAAUGGGAAACCAUAUGAGCCAGAGUUUACAUCCGAUGAUUUACUCGCACAAGGAGACAUGAAACAGCUGACUGAAGAUGCCAAGUUGCAGCUCUACAAGUUGCUAGAAAUCCCUGAUCCAGACAAAAACUGGGCUACCCUGGCACAGAAGUUAGGCCUGGGGAUACUAAAUAAUGCCUUCCGGCUGAGUCCCGCUCCUUCUAAAACUCUUAUGGACAACUACGAGGUCUCUGGGGGGACAAUUAAAGAGCUGGUGGAGGCCCUGAGACAGAUGGGCUAUACCGAAGCAAUCGAAGUGAUCCAGGCCGCCUUCUGCACCGCGGGAACUGCAGCCCCCAGCCCAGGGAAGACCCUCUCACUGCCCCUCUCACCUGCCUCCACAAGGUCACCAGUAGACGAGGUCCGGGACGACAGCAUCUGUGACAGCGGCGUGGAGACCUCCUUCCGCAAACUCAGCUUUACAGAGUCUCUGACCGGCGGCGGCUCCUUGCUGACUCUUAACAAAGUGCCCCGUGAGUACGGGCGGGAAGGACCUAUAGAAGGCAAAAUCUAGCCUGCUGGCAGCGCCCCGCACCAUGUAAAACCAAAGCUCUGAAAUUCCACCGCACUGUCCAAAAGAAGGAGGCGAAGGGCAUCCAGAGGUGCUCAGAGGAAAACCAGCCUGCCUGAAUCACUCGGAAUUUAAUUCAAGGCCUUUUGAAGGUGGCUUCCUUUCUUGGUUCUCACAUGAAUGUUAGUCCGGUCCACUUCCAGCUGCUCCAGCGGUCACGGCGAGCCGGGCUGGCGCCUCCUUGUGGGCGAAUUAGCUUAUUGAGCUUUACCGGCUGCUUUCCAUGGUCACUGCUGCUGUCCCCUUGCUGCGCUCCCACUGUCAUUAAAAGGUGUCCCAGUGUCCACCUGGUGUUAUUUCUGGCCGUCCACAGCACAGGCGUGCACUCAGAUUAAGGAUUAGGAAAAGGAAUAUUUUUAAAUGAGAGUCACACGGUGUAUAAUAAAAAAGGCUUACCGCUUUUUCUAA